GGGAAACGCGGGGUGCAGUUCUAUAUUUGGAAACCGAUUGACUGGUCCAAUCCCGAAGGAGCUGGGAAACAUAUCCACACUAGAAGUUUUAGACGUCGAGAGCAAUUGGCUUUAUGGACCUCUUCCUCCAGAGCUCGGGAACUUGUCCAUGUUAUAUCGAUUGUGCCUUACAUCAAAUAAUUUCACGGGGAGCUGCCUCAAACAAUUUUUAACUUAACGGAUUUGGAGUACCUGCAACUUGGUGAUAAUCAGUUCACAGGAAAGAUACCCAAAUUUAUUAAGAACUUGACAAGUCUUGAAAUGCUAGUUAUUGAGGGAAGUGGAUUGCAAGGGCCGAUUCCCUCUGAGAUCGCAGAUUUAGAGAGAUUGUCCGUCUUGAGAUUAAGUGACCUCGAUGGACCCGAGUCCCCAGUUCCAAAACUUGGGUGUAGAAAUAUUGUGAAACUGAUUCUGAGGAGCUGCAAUCUCAUGGGCGAGCUACCUGCUUAUCUAGCAAAAAUGACAAACCUAAAAACAUUAGACCUCAGCUUCAACAAUCUGAGUGGUAAAAUCCCUGAAUCCUACCGCAGCCUGGAAAACAUAGGAUAUCUCUAUCUGACUGGAAACCAGUUGACUGGAGCAGUCCCUGAUUGGAUCCUGGUGAAAGGAAAAAAUGUGUAAGCUUCGUUGCCUAAAGAAAAUAUCUUGUUUAAUCAUGAAUUUGCCUCUAGCUCUAUCUGGCUAAUCUUGCUCUGAACUAAGCAAUUAUGCAUUCCCAUCUUGCAUCUUUAUGGUUAGUAGCCUUUGGAGGUAAAUGGAAACAUCAUCAGUACCUUUCUCCUCGUUGGGAUCUGUUAAUUGGAUUAAUAUAUGUAACAAAAGAGGCGGAACUGUAUGAUAUGCAUGAAAGAAUAUAAAGUGGAUUUUCUUGGAAGUGCCUGGUUAGCUCCAUUUUCCCCUAUACAAAAAGCCGUUCCUUCCCAGCUGGAGAUCUCUCAGACCUCUUGGAAUGAUUAAAAUUACGUUUGGAAAAUUUUUACUUCCCGGUAAUCAUCUUUGAAAGUUUGUCUAAUGUGUCUCCCGCACUAUAUGAUUAGUUACUUGGGCUAUCUCUUGCUGAUAAUAAUGUUUUUAUGGGUUUGUGUAUUUGAGAAACUCUACAACCAAAAUGAGUGUACUUAGGAGAAGUUGAUAUUAUCUUAUGGGCGUAGGAAUGAAGCUCUCGUGUGGUAGUUUAAACAGAUAAAUGGUGGUGUGGAUAUUUUCUUAUUAGAAGAUGCAACUUAG